CUCCGAAUAUGUGACAAUAUAAAUAGGUAAAGACUUAGCGCGGCCGACGGUACAUCGACCAAUCGUCGUUAUCCUGUGAGCGAUAGCCGAUGGGUACAUAUAAACAACUUGGACGCGCCAUCUCAGUCUCAGUCUCGAUUCAACCAUCCAACAUGUCGGUCCUGUACAAGUGUAACGCCAGUGCGCCCUCCCGCGCGGUUCUAAUGACCAUCGAAAUAUUAAAAAUAACCGACAAACUACAAUAUGCCGACGUCAAUCCAAUGCUCGGCGAAAACAGAAAACCAGAGUUCCUCAAAAAGAACCCACUGCACACAGUCCCCGUGCUAGACGACGAAGGUUUUAUUAUCUGUGACAGUCACGUCAUAAUGACAUAUUUGACAAGCAAGUUCGCGCCACAAAGUUCAUUGUACCCUAGCGAUUUAAAAAUAAAAUCAAUCGUCGACCAGCGCAUGUAUUUUGAAAGCACCUGUAUGACACCGAAGAUUAUUUCGGGAGUCGACAGUUUGAAGAAAGGACUAAAAGAACUGACGGAAGAGCAAAUAGCAGCGUUGAAGGAAGUCUACAGCGUGUUAGAUAAAUAUUUAGAACAAACGCCAUUUUUGGUCACAGACCACGUAACUUUGGCAGAUGUGUCGUGCAUUUCGUCAUUGGCUUCGCUGAAUUUGUUUUUGCCUAUUCCCCAAGAGUUUAUAAAUCUAAGAUUGUGGUACAACAGGCUAGAAAAGGAGGAUUGGUUCCAGAAAAUUAAUGCACCCGGAGUCAAAUCGUUCGGCGAAAAACUCGAUGAGUUGAAAUCGCAAAGCGGCUAAUAUUCAUCUACUUACGUUUUAAAUAAGGUUUUUGUUUACAAAUUAUAAUAAGUAUAUGUGAUCUAUUUUUGUUUAUUUAAAAAGGACAAUUUAUUAAAUGAGUACCUGUUUAAUAACAUUA